GGUCUCCAGUAGUAUCCAAUUUUAAAAUCGGAUGUGCUACAAAUUGUCCCUCAACGAAUUACAGCUCUCCAUAUUUAAAGGUUACUUAAAGAGUAACAUCGACUGCUGCCAAGAUGACUUUUGCAACGCAAGACAGAUUGACUGGCCAGGAUAUCUUCUCAAUGGGCUAAGGUGUCCGUCCUAUCAUCCUUCUGGCCCAGAAGAUUGUCUAAAGUUGAGAAAUCUUAGAUGUCGUGGUGAUGAGACUCGAUGCUUUGAGUUUGUCCUUGUUCACAAUGACAGUUCGGUUCCUGAUAAGCUUUAUAGCGGCUGUGCCACCCCAACUUUUUGUGAGUUGGCUAGGACAUCACCGUACAAUGACUACCUUUCAGGUACUAUAACCAAAGCACGAUGCGGUGAUACUCUGCCUUCUGGAAAGAAGCUCAACAAUGAAGGAUAGUUAGGAGAGAAGAAUGUCUUCAUCAUUUUGGAUCCCACCACUUGCAGCAUCGGUAGAGGUGGAGAUUGCCUCUUUGAUGGUGGCUUUGCAGAGUUUCUGGAAUUCAGAGGACUCCUGUGUCUUUUAUCUGGCAUUUGGUGGAGGCUGAAUGGGAUGCAGGGCAUAGAGAAAUGUGGGGCUUGGGAGCUAUGUCUCAUGAUAUGGUUUAUGGGUUAUUUUUUCCUUCCUUCAUAAUCAAAA